AUGUCUUUCCAAAAUCUCCAGCAACUUUUGAAGGCGACCGCUUCAAGAAAAGACAGUGGCAGUAUAUUGUUCUAUCCUCUGGCAAACACGACCAAACCAGUGGUGAUCUCUUACGCAAAGUUGCUACGAAUGGCUCAGCGAGCAUCUUUGACCCUGCCCUUAUAUUUUCAAAGUCUGCCGCCGCUUGGUUCUGUGGUGCUUUUGCACUUCAAUAAUCACUGGGAUGGACUCUUAUGGUUCUGGGCCGUGUUGCUCGCGGGUUAUGUUCCAGCAAUGUCGACUCCUUUCCCGAAUAAUCUGAAGCAGAGGCUGGCUCAUUUGGACCACUUGUAUGAAAUGCUCAUGGCCCCCAAAUGCCUCACCACGGAAGCUUUAGCAUCCGAAUUUCAGGGACAUGCAUUAUUUGCUCCGAUUUUUGUUGGCUUGUUGGAAACCAACUACCAAGCCAGCCAAUGUCAGACAGAAAACGAAGAAACGAAAGCUGAAGACGUCAACCAGGCGGACGCGAAUGCUACUGCGGUUUUGAUGUUGACCUCAGGAAGUACAGGACGAUGUAAAGCAGUCCCUUUGAGCCACAGUCAACUUCUCGCAGCCAUUUCUGGAAAAGCCUGGUUGAUGCCUGUUCCAGAAAAUUCCAGCUUUCUGAACUGGACUGGUUUCGACCACGUUGCGGGCCUUGUGGAGAUGCAUCUCCAGGGAAUAUACACAGGGCGGGACCAGGUGCUAGUUCAAGCUGCCGAUCUGCUGGUGAGUCCGGAGCUUUUUUUGGACUUAAUUGACCGACAUCGCGUUGCCUCAACUUUCGCGCCCAAUUUCUUCCUCGCCGCAAUCCACAGAUUUCUUCUGCGGGAGAAGGGAGAGAACAAACCCGCUGAGCACCUUUGGAAUCUCGCUUGUCUGCGCAAUAUUACCUCCGGGGGGGGAGGCUAA